AUGGAGAAAGUCGAAGAUCUGGUUGACCGUGCUAAGCACCUAGUACUCCACGAACCACCCGAGUCACUGUCACACACCGUGGAGAAAUUCCAUCCAUCCUUGGACGAUCAUAUCCAGAAGAUCUACGAGUCUGUCCAUGCAUAUGCUCCAACUACGAACUAUUUCCUUAAGGAAAUCCAACAUGACCCUACCCUCGAAGACUCUCCCGAGCCAGUCGAUGCUUUGGCUUCUCUGGAUGCCUUCCGUGAAUACAUGAAAGAUGGGAACUCAUCUGCGAUGGGACCAGAAAAAGCCCUGGAUCUUUCCGCGCCUCUUUCGGAUUACUUCAUCUCGUCGAGCCACAACACCUAUUUGACGGGUAACCAGCUGUACAGCGAUGCUGCUUCUAGUGCCUAUACAUCCGUCCUCCUCCGCGGCUGCAGGUCCGUCGAGAUUGAUGUCUGGGAUGGGGAAUUGGACAGCGACAGCGAGACAAGCAGCAGCAGCAGCGAUUCAGAGACGGAAGAAGGGGGUGUUGGGAGCAAGCUGAAAGAAAAGAAGGCGAAGAAAAGUGGCCAGGAAGGACAGAAAAAAUCAUUCUCGUCCAAAUUGGAAGCUAAACUUGGUGGUGUCCUUCGUCGGAAAUCCGCCAAAUCGCCCCAGCAACCAUCGGGAGAAGAGACUGCGACGAGCCAUAUGCCUGUUCCUGUUGAGCCUCGUGUUCUGCAUGGCCAUACACUAACGAAGGGCACUACAUUCCGUGAAAUCUGCCACGCAAUCCGUGACAGUGCAUUUGUUGCCAGUGACCUUCCGCUGGUCGUUAGUCUCGAGGUACAUGCGUCUCUCGAGCAGCAACAGACUAUGGUCGAUAUCAUGUUGGAGGUGUGGAAAGGAUUUCUCGUGGAGGCUUCUCCGGAUGAGGGGAAGCUUCCCUCGCUCGCCGAUCUGAAGAGGAAGAUCUUGAUCAAGAGCAAAUGCGUUCCAUUCAGCGGGGAGGAGGAGAAACCCGAAGGAGAAGAUCUGACGCCGCAGAAAUCCGAUGAUAAGUCGGGGCAGCAGGCGCCGAAGCCAUCAAAGAUUCUUGAUGCUCUGGCUAAGCUGGCUGUUUACACUCGCGCGUAUAAGUUCAGUCAUUUUGAUCAACCCGAGGCCAAAGUACCUCUCCAUGUGUUCUCGCUCUCGGAGAAAGCAGCACGAGAAGCCCACGCCAACCAGCGCGAUGCCUUGUUCGAGCACAACCGAACAUCUCUGAUGCGAAUCUACCCGUACGCAUUCCGGGUCAACUCGUCGAACCUUGAUCCGACAUUUUACUGGCGACGUGGCGCUCAGCUAGUAGCACUGAACUGGCAGAACACAGACAAAGGCAUGAUGCUCAAUCAUGGGAUCCCCCCCGGCUACCGAAGUAGCAAGUCUCCGACGGAGGUUAUCGAGCGCCGCAACCUAACCCUCUCAAUCGAGAUAUACGCCGCGCAAGAUCUGUCUCUGCCUCCGGGCGACCACAGCGAGAGGGGAUUCAAACCCUAUGUGAACUGCCAACUGCACGUCGAAGAACCCGGAAGCGAUGUUUCCCUGGACCAGGACGACGGCAGCUCCGACGCAGAGAAGAGCAGCUACAGGCGGUGCACGAAGAGUUCUUCAGGUCGGAACCCGGACUUCAAGGGCCAGAAAUUGGAGUUCCCGACCGUGACGGGGAUAAUUGAGGAGUUGAGUUUCCUACGGUUCAAGAUCAAGGAUGACGAGCUCGGUCGGGACCCGUUGGCUGCGUGGGCUUGCAUCCGACUCGACCGGCUGCGGGAGGGCUACCGGCUUGUUCAUCUCCAUGAAUGCGCCGGCGAGAAGACUGGGGGUGUCUUGCUGGUUAAUAUUGUGAAACGGGUUACUUAA